AUGAAUCACAAAAAUAAUAAUAUGAAUUGUGAUCCACCAAAUAAUUACCAAAACAAAGGCAAUAACCAAAAUAAUAAUGGUACUAACAAUUUAAGAAAUUUUAACAAUACAAGUUAUGGUAACAUAAAUUCAUUUAAUCAUGAAUUGUUUCAAGUUAGUAGCAAUAACGUAAGGAUCUAUGCGGAUAAUAUUAUUUCAAAUAAUAUGAAGCCUCGUGAUCAAAAUAAUUUUUUUUGUAACCCACAUAUAAAAAACUACAAUUAUGAAAUAAAUGACAAAAUGAAAUAUAAUAAUAAUAACAACAUCGUAUCCAAUUCUGGUUCUAAUAAUAAUGGACAAAUGUAUGGAACUUAUAAUUAUAUGACAUCUAAAAAUCUUCAAAAUGAAUAUUUUCAUAAAAAUCUGAACAAUACAAAUUCAUUACCAAAUAGACAAAAUAGUAAUAUGAUUCAAAAAGAUAAUAAACAAAUGAUGGGUAAUAUUUACAAAAUGAAUAAUGUCAAUGAUGUUGGGGAUAUACAGAAUAUGAGAUAUCUUGGAAAUGUAAAAAAAACACAUAAUAUUAACAGUAUAUUAGAUGUCAACCGUUUUAAUCAUAUAAAUAAAUUAAAUAAUAUGAAUAAUUUAAGAAAUACACAAAACUAUAAUUAUAUUCAUAACAAUAUUCAUGUUAAUAGUGAAAAUAUAACUGAUAUUUAUAAUCCUAUGGAAUGUCAAACAAAUCGAAAUCAUUAUGUAAAUCUUAAUACUGGAAACGGCAAUGUUAACGAUAUAUAUAAUUUUGAUAUAAUCAAAAAUAUGAAUAAUAUAACGAAGUUUGGUAAAAAUAGCAAAAACGAUAUUACCAAUAAUAUUUCAUUUAAUGCGCCAAAUAAAAAUAAUUUUAAUAUGAACAACACAUAUCCUAAUAAUUUACAGUCAGUACAUUCAGAUAAUAAACAAAUCGGUAGCCAAUAUAUUCCCAAUUACCCAAUUAAUAGAACUUCUGAUAUAAAAAAUGUAAAUAUCAAUCGAGCUCCCAGUAUAAAUGAUAAUAAUUUCAUUUUCCAUGAAAAAGGAAACGAAACGUUUCGAAAUCAAAAUAAUAACAACAACAAUUUAAGUGAUAGGCAAAUUAUUAAUGCACACUCUGGUCGGAUUGAUAAAGAUAACUUGGAUAAUGAAGGUAAUAAUAAUAAUAUAUAUAAUAGAGGUCAUAACUAUACAUAUGAAAUUGCAAAAAGUAAUAUGAACAUGGUAAGGGGAAUGGACCAAGGACAUAAUGAUAUAAAUAAUCAAAUGCAUAAUAAAAAAUCCAAAACUGUUAAUGUAAAUAGUACAUUUAAAAAUGAAAUGGUGAAGCCAUAUAAUAUGAACAUGUCAUAUAAUUCUAUUACACAAGGCAAUAAUUUUUAUGAACCGGCAAGCAAUUUUGUAAAUAAUAAUUAUGGUAUUAGUAAUGUUCCAAUAAACAAUAAUAACCAUGUUAACCAAUUAAACAACUAUCAAAAUGGUAUGAUAUAUGAUCAAUAUUUUAUGAACAAUUCAGAAUAUGAAAAUGAUACAUAUAACGUUAACAAUAACAAUGAAUAUUAUUACCAUUUACAACACCAACGAAAUCAGUUUAAAUUUCCUAAUAAUACUAUGCUUAAUCAAAGUAUAAUCGAAAAAAGUUUACGAAAUAAUAAACAAAUAAUUGAUCAAAAGGUUAAUGAAAAUAUGAACAAGUCAUAUACUAAUUUUUUAAAAAGUAUUAUUAGUACACCAUAUUUAAGAAAAUCCUCACCAAACCAACAUAAUAUGUAUAAUAACCAAUUUAAUAUUGAUGAAAAUAUAAUUCAUAACAAUGCAUAUAAUUAUCCAAAUUUGAACAAUAUAGAUGAUCAAGGACUUGAAUUAUAUAAUCUUAAACCUUCGAAAACAGUUGAAGAAAAUUAUGAACAGGCAAUAAAACAUGAUGAUGUUCAGGUAAAAAUGGAAUCAAGUGAUUAUGGUAAUGCAAAAAUGAUAUAUACAAAAACAGAGAAUGUGGGAAGAAAAAAAAAAAAAAAAUAUAUCGAUCCAAAUAAUCUUGAUGAAACAGUAACAGAAAAUACUAAUUUCGAUAUUAAGGAAGUUAAAAAAAAAGGACGAAAAAGAAAACUUCGUGUCGAUCCCCAUAAUGAGGAAAGUAAAAAUGAAGAAAAUAAAAAUGAAGGUAACAACGAUGUUGAAAAAAAAAUAAAUAAGAAAUCAAACAAAGAAGUUGAUAAUAAUAUGGUGCAUAUUUCUUUGUCUUAUGAAGAAAAUAUGAGGGAUAUAAAAAAAAAUUAUAAGGAAGAAAUAAAAAAUGAAACAAUAAACAUAUCAAAUAGUGUAGAAAAAAGUGAUAUUGAAAAAACAACUCAAGAAAUAUCUUUAUAUUGUAACAAAUUAAAAAAUGAAGAAAUACAUUUUAAAAAUAAUUACGAGAAAAUUGGUGUUAAUAAUAUAUUAUCAGUUUUUAAAAAUAAAUUAAAUAAAAUUAAUGUUAAUAAUAACUCUUUAAAUUGCCAUUCUGAAAUAAAUGUUUUAAUUAAUAAUUUUUUAUAUGUAUUAAGAAUAAUAAAUAAACAUCAGCAAAUAUUAGGAGAUAUUUAUAGUUUUAAUUUUAACAUAACUAAUGAAGACAAUAUAAGAAAUUAUUUUGAAAAUCGAUUUUCCUUUGUUAAAUGUUACAAACAAUAUAAUGAAUUAAAUGAUCAUAUUUAUGACAAAAAUAAGAGAAAGAUCAAACAUGAUGAAAUAAAAAAUGAGUAA